AGCUGCUAAAGGUCCAGGGCAGAACCCCCCAGUCCCCCAGACUCCAUCCCAGCCAGCAGCCUCUGACCUCAGACGGAGCACUGCCCCCUAGUCCUCACCACUCACCUUACUCCCCCCAGAGGAGCAGCCCUAGAUGUGAGGGGGUCGGAGGAGGUGGGGGAGGAGAAGAAGGGAGUGGAGCUCUGCUCCAGCUGCUGGCAGGUGGCCCCAGCCCCCUCCCCUCCCCAAGAUGCCUCAACCACAGCCUGAGGUUCAACUCUGACCCUGACAUGGCGCCUUCACCGCCCUGUAGCCAGGAGUACAUACAGUCUCGAGGUCGGGGGGACAGGACGCAGGGAUUGGAGGACGAGUGUCCCCCCUCCAUCCCCUUCCUCACCAGACAGAUUCAGAUGCUGAAGAAGAAAGUUCGCAAAUUUGAGGAUCAGUUUGAGCAGGAGAUGAACUACAAGCCGUCACACAACGAUAAAUAUUCAAACCCAGAGAUGAUCAGAGUGAUGAGUGAACUGGCCAAAGCUCGGAAACAGCUCAAAGAGCUCAGACUCAGACAGUCGGUGUUUGAGUCGAAGGAGCAGGACGGUCCAGAGAACACCCUCAGGUACAGCUCCGGGCAGCAGGGGGCGUCAGAGCACAAACCAACCCUGGAGGAAACAGUAGAGUCUCUGUUCAGACGUCUGCGGGAGAAGAGACGAGAUCUUGGUCUCCCCGACAACAUGAAGGAGAUGACUCAGGCUCAGAUGGUGUUGGAGAAGAUCACUCUGCAGAAAUGUCUUCUGUACUUUGAGAGUCUUCAUGGUCGACCAGGAACCAAACAGGAGAAGAACCUGGUGAAGCCGCUGUAUGACAGAUACCAGAUGAUCAAACGUUUACUGUGCGCCAGCCCCAUCUCCACCAUCGAGGAAGAGGAUGGAUCUGAUGAAGACUCUGUGAGUUCAGUGACGGUGGUGGAAUGUCCUGUCCCGCCUCCUCUCAGAGCAGCCCGGCCUUCAGUCGGCGAGGAGGACAGCGACCGGGACAGCGACCCGGCUUUCGUGUCCCCAAUAGACGAAGUGAAAGCCGUCCGUCAACAAGCGGCCGUCACCACAGCCAACCUGCACGAAGCCUCCAGGUCUCAGCUGCUUCAGAGUCUGCGGGAUACGAGAGCAGAGAAAAAGACGAGGCGCAAAGCUCUGAGAGAGUUCGAGGACCAGUUUUACCGUCAGACCGGGAGAAUCUGCCAAAAAGAGGAUCGCAGCCCGAUGAAAGAAGAAUACCAGGAGUACAAACAGCUGAAAGCUAAACUGCGGCUGCUGGAAGUUCUGCUCAGCAAACAGGACGUCACCAAACCCGUGUGAGAGAUGACGGACGCUCCAGUGGAUCAAAACUGGGCUCCAAAGUUACGACAUCAGAUCAUAAUGUGUUUGACGGCUGAACGUUCGGGAUGUCAGGAGUUUUGGUUCAUUGCUGCUUCCUCUUCAGACUGAGCAUUUCUAAAAAGUGUAAAUAAUCCAGAGUUUCACAGAGAGACCAGACGUCUCUGUUGUGUAUGUGCCAGUGUAAACCAGCGUCCUACAGUAUCUGUUCACCUGAAUUAUUGUGAAACUGCCUUUAUUCCAUUUUGUAACGGAACUUUUUUUUCCAUGUGAUUUUUGUUUUUGAUUUAAAGGACCAACAUUUUCAUACGAGACUUUGUGAGUGUCAGACUGAAAGCACUUUAAGGAAAAUACUUCAUCAGGAAGGAAGAAAAAGAACCGAACAAAGAAAGAAGAAGAUGGUCGGGCUGAUAGCAGGGCCUCCUGGAGCGGUGCACCGGCACGGUGGAUGGCGGUUAUAAACUGAACCACCAAUAAGUGAGGUGGUUAAACUAACAUCAGCAGGGGGCAGUAGGUUGUUGGAGGGAUCGAGCUUGUGGGCGGUGGGCCGAACAGAGAAGAAGAAGACAGUAGAUGGUGGUAAUGCCUCUUAAAGUUGGUUACCAGGCCAAUAAGCCGAACAAAGAACUACAUUGUCAGUAAAACAAUGAGAAACUGAACCAUCAUUUCUGAGAGUUGAGAAAAAAAACAGCUGUUAAAUGACAAACAAAAAAUCAUCCUGUUCACUUAAGAUUUCUUAGUUUCUAUGGAGAUGAGACAUUUUGUGACAAGUCCGUUACAGUCAGACUACAAAGUAUCUGAAAUCUCAUGAGGUCGACUCGUACUUUGCUCAGUUACUUUUGUAAAUCUACAUUUCCCUCAUACUUCAUCAAACUGAGGAGAUUCUUUGAUGAUCAGAGGCUCCAACUCAAGAGUUAAUCUCAUUGAGAGCUGGGCCCUGACUUUACUGCUCUGGUUUCAUAAAAGUAAACGUGACAAACUAAACAAUGUCUGGAUCAGCUGCUGAUGUUCAGUGUCUCAGUGAAAUCUCGACUGGAAACAUUUGAGGAUGAAGAUGCAAUUUACAAAUGAUGUGAAAAGAUUAUAUCACAGCACUUUAUGUUAAAAAGAUGUUUUAACACCUUUUACA